CAACUGGACUCCUUCUUCCUGCACACGUAAACAUGGCGCCCCCCAUCCCGCUGUUAGCAGUGCGAGCAUCAGACGGUACGUCUCUGCUCUGCGGACCUCCCAACUGUGAGCAGCACUCAGCUUUCCAGAGGGACUCUCGGGUCAGCAGGUGUGUGACCUUCAGCAGAGAUGGGACGCUGUUCGGCUGGUGCAACGGACAGAGCGUCUCCGUGGUGAAAUGCUCGGACGGCUCCGUGGUGUCGACCUUUGACCUCCCAAAGACGGCUCUGCUGGACUUCUCUCCUCUCAGCAACGUUCUGGUCACCUGGCAACCGUACAGCAAGACCCAGGACUCUCCUCAGGGUGACGCUAACCUCCAGCUGUGGGAGCUCUCGAGCGGCCGUCUGAUUAAAUCUUUGUACCAGAAGAAAGUCGACAACUGGUGUCCCAGCUGGUCUGAAGACGAGCAGAUCGCCGUGAGGAGCGUGAACAACGAGCUGCACUUCUACGAGAACAAUGACUUCAACACCAUCGCCAACAAGCUCCACAUGCAGAAGGUGUCGGACUUCUCGUUGUCACCUGGAGGUCAGCCCAGCAAGGUUGCCGUCUACGUGCCGGGCAGUAAAGGGGCGCCGUCGUUCGUGCGCCUGUACCAGUACCCGGUGCUGGGGGGUCCGUCUGCAGCGCUCGCCAACAAGAGCUUCUUCAAGGCCGACAGGGUCACCAUGCAGUGGAACAAGAAAGCCUCGGCCGUGGUGGUGACAGCGAGCACCGAAGUGGAUAAAACUGGAGCUUCUUAUUACGGCGAGCAGACGCUGCAUUACCUCGCUGUGAAUGGAGAGACGGCGCUGGUUCAACUGUUGAAGAACGGUCCGAUCUACGAUGUGACGUGGAGUCCGAACUCUGCGGAGUUCUGCGUAGUUUACGGCUUCAUGCCGGCCAAGGCCACCAUCUUUAACCUCAAAUGUGACCCGGUGUUCGACUUCGGGACCGGACCGCGAAACGCCGCCUACUACAGUCCGCAGGGUCACAUCCUGGUGCUGGCCGGCUUCGGGAACCUGCGAGGUCAGAUGGAGGUCUGGGACACGAAGAAGUACAAACAGGUUUCUAAACCUCAGGCUCCGGACGCCACACACUUCUCCUGGUGCCCCGACGGAGAGCACGUCGUCACGGCAACGUGCUCGCCGCGGCUGCGUGUCAGUAACGGUUAUAAGAUCUGGCACUACACCGGCUCCGUGCUGCACCAGUGGGACGUGGCGGCGGGCUCGGAGCUGUGGGAGGUCCGCUGGCAGCCGUUCCCCGCGGGCACCUUCCCCCCCCGCGGAGUCACCUACCAGGCGGCUCCCAGCACGCUCGGCAGCACCCAGGCCCCGCCCACCCAGGCCUACCGCCCCCCCGCCCUCAGGCACCUGCCCGCCACGCCCAGCGCCAAACUGCAUGAAGAAGAACCGCCGCAGAACAUGAGAACCGGAACCGGAGAGAAGAACGUCUCCAAGACGGCUCUGAAGAACCAGAGGAAGAGAGAGGCCAAGAAGGCUGCUAAACAGGAGGCGAAGGCGGACCCCGAGCCUCCCUCUGACCCCGCCCCCGUCAGAAACAACCAAUCAGAGCCGACCUGCGGCGACCCGGAAACAGACAAGAAGAUAAAGAACGUAAAGAAGAAACUGAAGGCCAUUGAGGAGCUGAAGGAGCAGCAGGCGUCUGGAAAAGUCCUGCAGAAAAACCAGCUGGAGAAAGUCCAGAAGGAGGAGCAGCUGCUGAAGGAGCUGGAGGAGCUGCAGUUAGGACAGUAGGAGGAGGAAGAGCGACGGUCCACGCCUCCAGACCUCACCACACACACACACACACACACACACACACACACACACAUACAUACACACACACACACACACACACACACACACACACACACACACACACACAGCUGGUGGUGUGUGUGUGUGUUAGAAACACUGAGGACUUUUUUGUUGCACUUAAACAGACUGAGAGUUUGACCUGCGUCUGAACGCUAACAUGUUUUCUCCUCACCUGUCAAUCACCAGGGGGCGGGGUUUAUCUGAGAGGGGCGGGGUUUGUCAGAGAGGCGUGGCCACAGCGAGAACUUGAUUGGAUGUUUUAGUUUUUCUGUUUUCAUUUCAUUUUGACUGAAAACAUCAAAUUCAUUCCUUCCUUUUGUCCCUGUUUUGAGAAUGUCACAAGGCAUUCUGGGAAAUGUAGUCCAGAGGAAGCAGAGUGAGGUCACUGGAUUCACAGACGGGAAACAGGAAAUGUUCUUCUUUAAAGGAGCCGUCUAAAUGCUGGAUCGUCCCUUUAACUGUGAUCAGCUGAUUCUGCUCCGACAUCAAAUUGAAAUCAGUCCAUUGAAGCCCUGUUGCUAUGCAACAUCUGUACAGAUGCUGAAGCCUUUGACAGUGUUAUUUUCAGAAUAAAAGCCUCAUUGCCAUGCUUCACUGCUUUCUGAUGAAAACUAAUAAACUUUGUUUGUGAUCCAA